GGGGGAAAAGCCUCAGUUUCUGGGAGAAUCGGUUUGUGGAUGUUGAUGAAUCUCACACAAAAAGCCACCGAGAGCAGAAAAGCUAAAAAAAAGUAAAUAAACUUGGGGCACGAAUUUCUGGAAUUGAUCAUUCUUUGCGCUACAAAUUUUAGGCACUUUUCUAGAAACGUGGAAACUUUUUUUUCUGUUUGUUUGGGGCGAAAUUCUGUUAAUAAUUGCUGACUUUUUGGGGAAAAAACAGAAUGACAGCUACGUGCCUGCAGUUCCUCAGCUUUGUGGUGAGUGCCUUGGGCUGGGUUGGCAUCUUAAUCGCCACCAGCACCAACAGUUGGGUUCAGACCUGCUCCCAUGGCGCUGCCAGUUGUCGACGCUUUGACGAGUUGGGAUCCUACGGGUUGUGGACCGAAUGCUUCACCUCAUUCGGCAUUUACCACUGCAAGAAUCUAGCGGAUAUCCUGGAGAUCCCAGCUUAUGUCCAGAUAAGUCGAGCCCUGAUGAUCACCGCCUCCAUCUUGGGACUGCCCGCCAUUUUCCUGGUACUCACCGCUCUGCCCUGCAUGCACCUUGGAAGUGAGACGGAAUCGGUCAAACACAAGCGUUCGUUACUGGGUGCCAUUCUCCUGCUUUGUGUAGCGCUCUGCACCGCAGUCGCCACCAUUUGGUUCCCGGUAGGAGUUCACCACGAGAAGCAUCUCUAUAACUUCGGCUACUCGCUGUUUGCCGGCUGGAUCGGCACCGCCCUUUGCUUCUUCGGCGGAGCGGUGAUCUCCUGCUGCACCGGCUCAGCUGCUGACCGCACGGAAAACCGCUAUUACUAUUCAUCUCAAGGCUCCAGUUCCACCACCAGCCCGACCCAUGCCAAGAGCGUGCACAUCUGAGCCCUGCACACACCCAGCCAGCCUCACAUACAACCCAACUCUGGUCAAGCUGAAGGGAGUAUCAACCUUAAACACAUCUCCUAGCUUUAGGGAAAAAUGAUACUAAGAAUAUCACUGAGCAAAAAAACACCAUUUUUAUUAUUUGUAUUCUUUUUGUGGAUUGUCUUAAGUUAUGAAGCGUAGUCACCAUUUGCCGGUAUGGGACAGAAAGAAGAGAUAUUUGACACUGUCAGUACGACUAGGCUGGCGUUCUGUUGCAUGGGACUUGGAGUGAGAAGAGAGCAGACAAAUCAACACCAGGGGAUGUGGUCACUUCCUUCCAGCUCACUCUAAAAAAAGGGGCACUUUUCUCCACUCAGUCAGAAAAUAGCUGGCUGAAUAGAUCAGCUAAGUUUCCUGUAGGUGACAGAUGCGUUUUCCUGUGUGCGUGGGAAGGGGGGAGGGGGUGCUGUGUACAAGCGAUACCACCAGCAUUUGCAAAGCAAAAAAAAACUAACUAUAAACCUCUAGAGCAGAGCUAAAGGUGUAUUUUGGCUUCAAUCCGGUUUUCGAUUUCUUUUACAAUUUAUUUUUAGAAUAAAAUAUGCAUUUUGAAAAAUUUUUGGCAGCCCAGUAGCAGUGUUGGUGUUGAUACAAGGAAGGGUUUGACUAGGUCAUCAUUAGCUUUCUGUCCUCAUUGCAUUUUCCCCAGUUGGUCAGGUGAUUCUAUAACUGCACACAAUACUACAUCUCCAGUGGGGAAGCAAAUACUUGAAAAAAUCAUUCAUUGUAUUUGAGGAAACAUUCAAUUAAUCAUUUGUGGGUUAACGAACUCUGCUUUUGGUUUUGACUUCCAUAGUGAAAUAUUCUAGUCAAUUCUGCUCAACUCACUUACCUUUAACUGAACAGAACUCCAUUGUUUUUGACAGUGAGAAAGUGCAGAUCUUCAUUGCUUUGACUAUAAUUAACAGUAUUAUAAAGAAUGUGCCUCAAUAGAAACUAGUGCCUCUAGGCAUGAAGCACUUGCAUCUUUCGGCAUUUGAUUCUUCUUUUUGUAUAUUUAUCUACCCUGUGGCCAAAGGAACUGACCUGAACAUGUGGAGUCCUGUAGCUCAGUGGUUAGAGCACUCGCUUUGCAAGUGA